CACCGGGCGGGCGGGCCCUGCAGGUACCAUGGAAUCCAGAGCUAAAGGUGGUCCCCCUGCUGUGUUUGAUUGGUUCUUUGAAGCAGCCUGCCCUGCCUCCCUACAUGAGGAUCCCCCCAUCCUUCAGCAGUUCCCCCCAGACUUCAGGGACCAGGUAUGCAGGCUGGUUCCUUGCUCCCUUGGGACCAGGGUCAGUUCCCCUGGGGGAGGUUAUGGGUCCCAUCAUGAGUGGCCAAGCAGUGUGUGCUUUUCUCCACCCCCAGGAAGCUAUGCAGAUGGUGCCUAAAUUCUGCUUCCCUUUUGAUGUGGAAAGGAAGCUUCCCAGCCCUGCAGUACAGCAUUUCACCUUCGCCCUCACCGACCUGACCGGCACUCGUAGAUUUGGUUUCUGCCGCCUGAGGGCUGGUGCCCACAGUUGUCUUUGCAUCCUCAGCCACCUUCCCUGGUUUGAGGUGUUCUACAAGCUGCUGAACACAGUGGGAGACCUCCUGGCCCAGGACCAAGUCUCGGAGGUCGAGGAACUUCUAAAUCUGCUGCAGCAGACCCUGCCAGAGACCCAGGCCUCCGGGGAGCUGGGCAGCGGAGUGACGAUCUCCAGCGUACUGGACAGCCUGCCCCCAGCCCCAGGGAAUAUCAGGCCGCUUUCCUGUUUCGUGGCCCCUGACUCCGGCCGCCUGCCAUCCAUUCCUGAGAACAGGAACCUAACAGAACUGGUGGUGGCGGUGACCGACGAGAACAUCGUGGGGCUGUUCGCGGCGCUCCUGGCCGAGCGCAGGGUCCUGCUCACCGCCAGCAAGCUGAGCACCCUAACCUCGUGCGUCCACGCGUCCUGUGCCCUCCUGUACCCCAUGCGAUGGGAGCACGUGCUGAUCCCCACACUGCCGCCGCACCUGCUGGACUACUGCUGCGCUCCCAUGCCCUACUUCAUCGGAGUCCACGCGAGUCUCACGGAGAGAAUGCUGGAGAAAGGCCUGGAGGACGUCGUGAUGAUGAACGUGGACUCCAAUAUCUUAGAGACACCCUUCGACGAUGUGCAGACGCUGCCUCCAGACGUGGUGUCCCUGCUGAGGCUGCGGCUAAGGAAGGUCGCGUUGAUCCCCGGAGAAGGGGUAUCCCGUCUUUUCCUCAAAGCCCAGGCCCUGCUCUUUGGGGGGUACCGUGAUGCGCUGGUCUGCAGCCCGGGCCAGCCUGUGACUUUCAGUGAAGAAGCCUUCUUGGCCCAGAAGCCGGGAGAUCCCUUGCAGGCCUUCCACCGGCGUGCUGUGCACCUGCAGCUGUUCAAACAGUUCAUUGAGGGCCGGCUGGAGAAGCUGAACACAGGAGAGGGCUUCUCAGAUGUGUUUGAACAGGAGAUUACCUGCAGCGGGGCCUCCUCAGGCGCCCUUCGCUCAUACCAGCUCUGGGCAGACAACCUAAAGAAAGGUGGUGGUGCCCUCCUGCAUUCCGUCAAGGCCAAGACACAACCAGCUGUCAGAAACAUGUAUCGCUCGGCCAAGAGUGGCUUGAAGGGAGUGCAGAGCCUCCUGAUGUACAAGGAUAGGGAUUCUGGCCUGCAGAGGGGGGGCUCCCUCAGGGCUUUCUCGCUCACCAGUCGCUCAGAUCACCUGCAGCAGCGCCUGCCUAUCAUCCAACACUUUGGACAGAACCGGCCACUUCGCCCCAGCAGGAGGCUCCAGCAGGAAGAGAGACCUUCUGAGCCCCUGGGGGAUGGGACACCCCCUCUGAGCCCUGAGGAUAACCAGGACUCAUGGGCAGAGGAAGAUCUGGAUAGUAGCUUUCUGGGGUCUGGGGAAGAACUGGAUUUGCUGAGUGAGAUUCUGGACAGUCUGAGCACAGGAGCCACAAGGACAGGCAGCCUACGGCCCAGCCAGAGCUUAGACUGCUGCCACAGAGGGGACUUGGACAGCUGCCUCAGCCUGCCCAACUUACCAGGAAGACCAAGAUGGCAGCCAGAAGAGGACCCCCCCACAGAGUGCCAGCCCCUGUCCCUGCCUGCCUGCCUGCCAUCUCUGCAAAACCCCCAGCCUCUGGAUACCACAAGCUCUUCAAGAAACCUCACUCCCCAGACACCCUCAGAAGCCAGCCAAGAAAUCUCUUCUUCAUCCCAAUCUUUGACAGCUUCUGCAGACCCAAGCAGGAGAGGGGAUCUCAAAUUCUCUCUCACAGAGCCCCAUCAUCAAACCCAGCAUCUCUCCCCUCUCCACGAGGCAGCUGGAGAUCCCAGAGCUGAGAAGAGCCCCUGUUCCCAGAUCUCAACAGUGCCCACUCAGCCCAUCCCUCCAGAAAGCCCCCAAUCUCUGGUACCCACAAAGCCCAACUCAGAUAUCACCUGGACGUCUCAACCUUCUGACUCUUCUUCAAAUUCCAGUUCCCCAGAGCACUCUAGAGUCCAGGCUUCUGAGGGCCGUCGAGCAGAGCAUGCUCACCUUCAGCCCUCCAAGGGACUGGAAGCCCCCAGAUCCCCUGCCACACCCACUAGCAACUGGCAGGAGACCCAGGUUAGGAGCCAGCCCAGAGUUGCUGAGCUUAAAAAGUGUUUUGAAGGUUAAGGAUCAGGGAUCUGGAGGAGAUGCCAUUCUCUCAAUAAAGUCUCAAGAGCCCAAAGCUGCUUUUUCUCAGUGAAUUUACCUGGGAGCCCUCUCUCUGCUCAGAAACCCACCCUAUCCACUACAUUUCCCACUGGGGCAGCCCCCAACUAGCUCCUAGGGGUAGUGAAAAGCCCUCU